CACGGCCUGAGUCUAACUCUUCUCAUCCUCCAACAUGAACAGAAUUAUCCUCCAGCUCCUUGUACUGGGAUUCUGCAUCGCAAUCGGCCAAGCUCUGCAAUGCUACAAAUGCAAUAUAGGCGUGUGGGGCAUGUGCAUAACCUCUGAAACCGAAUGUAAAGCCGGACAGCAUUGCUUCAGUGGUGUUGGGACGGCAGCCGCCGGCCACGUGGCUAUACGAAAGAAGGGCUGUCUAGCGGAGGUUUAUUGCAACAAGACCACGUCGUGGAACCUUCUCAGCAACUCCAACUCCACUCUCUACACCAUGACCAAGACGUGCUGCAACACUGACCUCUGCAAUGCAGCGCCCGGUCUGCCCGGGGCCUCCGGGCUCAGCCUGGCCCUCGCCACCGUCACUGCUCUGCUCAUGGCCCAAGUCCUGGUUUGACAGAAGAUACAGUGGAUACUGGAUGACACAAAACACACACACACGCAAAAACACACACAUUUCAUAUUGUACACACACAAGCACUACCAGGGUUAAAUUGAAUGCCCACCUCAGACAUGAGCUCUUUGGUUUUGUAACGUUUUUUUCUUCUCUUCACACGCUUUGUCUUUAUUGUUCUCCGGGUUCUUUUUCAUUUCACACUAAUGUUUGUCCGUUAAAAUUAACUUUCCUACUUUUCCUAUCUUCCUUGUAUCAGCCUUCAUUUCUCUGUAAGAGAUUAAAAUGUGUAGCGGACAAACAAUUUAAAGUCAAAAAUGAAUGUGUAACCCUGACGUGAAUUUAUGAUUUGUUAACCAAUUUAUGAUGUCAAAGCUUUAAUAUAAACAUUUUUAUUUCUAGUCA